CUAAACUCAAAGUAACUGUUCCUCUUAUACACCUCCAUUAUGAAGAAGGAAGGAAUCAAAGUCUACUACCAAGCAAAAAUUGAAGAGUGCGAACUCGUCAUCAAUGAAAAGGCACAGGACCUUCGACGUCUGGAGGCACAGCGUAACGCACUCAAUACCAAAGUCCGCCUCUUAAAAGAGGAGCUUCAGCUAUUACAGGAGCCUGGAUCUUAUGUAGGCGAGGUUGUCAAAGUUAUGGGAAAGAAGAAGGUCUUAGUGAAGGUCCACCCCGAAGGAAAAUACGUCGUCGAUAUUGCAGCAGAUAUCGACAUUUCUCAGCUUACACCAACAACUCGCGUCGCACUUCGCAAUGACUCUUACCAACUCCACAAAGUCUUACCUAACAAAAUAGAUCCUCUUGUUUCCCUGAUGAUGGUCGAGAAAGUGCCUGACUCGACCUAUGAAAUGGUCGGUGGUUUGGAGCAACAAAUUAAGGAAAUUAAAGAAGUCAUCGAGCUUCCUGUCAAGCAUCCUGAAUUAUUCGAAGCCCUUGGCAUUGCUCAACCAAAGGGUGUUCUUCUAUACGGACCACCAGGUACAGGAAAAACUUUGCUGGCAAGAGCCGUAGCGCAUCAUACAGACUGUCGCUUUAUUCGUGUAUCUGGAUCAGAGUUGGUUCAAAAGUACAUUGGUGAAGGAAGUCGUAUGGUCCGUGAACUGUUUGUUAUGGCCAGAGAACAUGCUCCAUCUAUUAUUUUUAUGGAUGAGAUUGAUUCUAUUGGUUCUGCUCGUAUGGAGAGUGGAGGAGGAGGAGAUUCUGAGGUACAAAGAACUAUGCUGGAAUUAUUGAAUCAGUUGGAUGGUUUUGAGCCCACCAAGAAUAUCAAGGUGAUUAUGGCUACCAACCGUAUUGACAUUCUCGAUGCUGCUUUGCUGCGUCCUGGACGUAUUGAUAGAAAGAUUGAAUUCCCUCCCCCGAGUGAAGUUGCUCGUGCAGAUAUUCUCAAGAUUCACUCUCGCAAGAUGAAUCUGACUCGUGGAAUCAACCUGCGUAAGAUUGCCGAAAAAAUGACUGGCAGUAGUGGUGCUGAAGUCAAAGCAGUGUGUACAGAAGCGGGCAUGUUUGCUCUUCGUGAACGCCGUGUGCACGUAACUCAGGAGGACUUUGAGAUGUCCGUAGCCAAGGUCAUGAAGAAGGACUCUGAUUCCAACACCAGUUUGAAGAAGCUCUGGAAGUAGAUACAGUGCGUACGGUCCCAAAUAGCGGAUUUCAAAAAUUAUUCAGCGAUUUCUGAAAACCCAAUUGUCGUAAAAUAAAAAAUCAAUAAGCGCGAAAAACAUUAUCCAAUCAGUGGUUCUCAAAAUCUCAAUGAGCGUG